UAUAAAUGCGUUACAGAGAAAGUAGAAAGUUAUUGUUGUAUAACAGUUUGAAAAAAUGACAGGCAAAUUUGUUGUAGUCGUUUGCGCUUUUGCGUUCACCCUUGAGACCAUCUCCGCUCAAUGUAUCGGCGCUCCCUUCGCUACCUUCGGCGAUGGUUACCCAUUUGGUCCUUACGGAGCUGGUUGGGGAUAUGACGCUUUAGCACCCUUCGACUGGGGAUACGGUGGCUGGGCUGGUGCUGGCCCGUACGGUUACGGUCUCCCUGCUGCCGGAUUUGCCCUGCCCACCGUGGGUAUUGGCAUGCCUGCCGCGUCCUUCGGAGGUGGUUUGACUGUUACCAGCGCCUCCCCCAUCGCUCCCACCGGUCUCACCGUCACCUCCGAGAACGCCAUCGAAGGUGCCCUUGCUGUAAUUGGUCAGCUGCCGUUCCUGGGCGCUGUGGCAACCGAUGGCGCUUUCCCGUCUGUGGGUGCUGGUGCGGUGUCUUACGGUUGUGGUGAUGGUGCUAUUGCCAUCAUAGCUGAGUUGCCCAUUGCUCCCGCUGUGGGACCUGUUGGACCUGCUAUCGCUUCCAUGGCUGGUCCGUAUGGUUACGGCCCAUGGGCUGUUGGCAGAUGCGGUUGCGGUGUUUUGUAAUGAAAUUAAUUUAGGUCUUUUGUAUUUGAGAAAUUGGGAAAUAUAUUUGCGAUUGGAGUUUUUAUAA